AUGAAGAAGGAUGAUGAGACUGAGAGUGAAGAGGAAGGAGAAGAGGUGAACCAAUUGGUUGAUGAAGAUGACAAGAGGGGAACCAAGAUGAGCCAAUGGAAGAGGCUGAGGAAGAGGAGGAGGAUGAGCUCCCCAUGUACCAAGAGCACUACAAUGCUCUCUUCUCCAUGGACUUUGUGGAGACCAAGUACCCACAUGAUGACACAUGAAGGCCCUUGGAUCUUUGAGGAUGUGGAGUUGGUGCUCAAGAACAUGCAAUUGGCCAAGUUCUUCUCUCACCGCAUGGAGUCUUACAAGGAGCUCACUUGUGAGUUUUUGGCUCGAUGA